CCGGAAGUGGAUGGCAAGCCACUCUUUCCCCAGUGCUCCGUGGCAUUUUGCAACACAGCCAACCUGUCACUGUGUGUUUCACCCCAAACUUCCAGCUUUAAGAACCAGCGGCGAGGGACAAAUGUACGAUGAGGUGACAAUCGCAUGGAUUUACGUAAAAGUAUUUUUUCAAGAGAUGCACUUGAGGACAAUUUCAGACCGGAUCAUCAAGAAAUGAGUGCGCCACACCUUCGUCGUAAUUGCUGUGACUCUUUGUCGUAAGUGAUGUGAAAAGUGGAUGUCAGAGAGAAAAGGAAUGCAGAGUCGUCUGCUCCGGCUUGUAUGAGAGCGCGAUGCCCAGACGGGGGUUGCUGUUCCAGGGCCGGGUCCGCUGGUUCUUCCUGGGCCUCUUCCUGCUCCUGCUGCUGCUGCUCUUCGCCUUCCUGCUGGACUGCAACGCUCCGGCCGACGACAGCCUUGUCAUGCCGGGCCUAGCUGGGGAGACUUACGGGAAGGAGCACUAUCAGAUCAUGCUGCAGGAGCAGGAGGAGCGCCACCUAAGCCGCGCCGCCAGUCUGAAGCGGCAGAUUGCGCAGCUCAAGCAGGAACUGCAGGAAAUGAGCGAGAAGCUGAAGCUCCUGGAGUACAGGAAGGAGCUCCCCGGGGUGCAGGGAUUAUCUCAGAACAACGACCAAGAGCCAGGAGAUCUACUGGAUUUCCUGCACUCUCAAAUUGAGAAGGCCGAGGUCCACACAGGCGCUCACCUGCCCAACGAGUACGCUCUGGUGCCUUUUGAGAGCUUCACCUCUUCCAAGAUUUAUCAGCUGGAGAUGGGACUGACGCGGCACCCGGAGGUGAAACCUGCUCGCAAAGAUCGUAAAGACGAACUUGCUGAGGUUAUCGAGGCUGCGCUGGAUUUGAUCAACAACCCCGAUGAGGAGGACGGCGUGGAGGAUGACAUCCCAAUGCAGAAGCAAACUUACAAAGAGAGUGACUUUAAAGAAGGCAUUCACAGGACCGAGCGAGACAAAGGCUCCCUUUAUGAGCUCUUCUUCUCCAAAGUGGAAUCCAGCACCUUCCGCCAUGUGACGCUCUUCAGGCCUUUUGGACCGCUGAUGAAAGUCAGGAGCACAUCUGUAGAAACAUCCGGAAUGAUGAUCAACAUCAUCUUGCCACUGGCGGGCAGAAUGAAAACCUUCUCACAGUUCUUACUAAACUUCAGGAAGGUGUGCAUACAGCAGGACAGGCAGGUUCAUCUCACAGUUGUCUAUUUUGGCCAAACAGACCUCAAGGAGGUGAAGUUGUCUUUGGAGACAUUGUCAAGUGAGGACGGUUUCCACAAAUACACUCUAAUCCCAGUCAACGAGGAGUUUUCCCGAGGUCGGGGGCUGGAUAUUGGAGCCCACGCCUGGGACAAAGGCGAAGUUCUGAUGUUUUUCUGCGACGUUGACGUCCAGUUCACGCUGGAUUUCCUCAAUAUGUGUCGUCUCCAUACUGCUCCAAAUAAAAAAGUCUUUUAUCCGGUGGUGUUCAGUCUGUACAAUCCUGCCAUAGUUCAUGGAAAUUUGGAGCUGGCUCCACCUAUUGAACAACAGAUGGUUCACAAAAAGGAUUAUGGUUUUUGGAGAGAUUUUGGCUUUGGAAUGAUGUGUCACUAUCGCUCAGAUUUCCUCAAUAUUGGCGGCUUUGACCUGGAAGUGAAAGGCUGGGGUGGGGAAGAUGUCCACUUGUACAGGAAGUAUCUUCGGAGCGACCUGAUAGUGAUCCGGACGCCAGUGUCGGGUCUAUUCCACCUGUGGCACGAGAAGAACUGUGCGGACGAGCUGACUCCCGAGCAGUACCGCAUGUGCAUCCAGUCCAAAGCCAUGAACGAGGCCUCUCACUCACACAUGGGGAUGCUGGUGUUCCGUGAGGAGAUCGAAGCUCACCUCCGCAAGCAGGCCUUUAAGUCUCAGAACAAAGCCCAAGUGUGAGCAGCUCGUUGCGUCACAAAGCCUGUGACACGCCGGCACUAUGAAUGCACUAAUUUUUUUAUAUCCUGGUGCAUGUGGCUGCACAGCUGUAGACAAAUGAAUGUACAAACAACUACAUGGCUCAGUGAGCCCGAGGAUCAACCUGCUGAAGGGCACAUUUAUUACAGUCGCUCUUUCCCAAAAAGAUCAAACAUUUUAGGACCAUUAACUGCUGCUGCUGAAUCGCAUUCAAACUAAUUCCAAUGCUCCCAUUAUAAGCGCUAUUCAGUUUAAUGAACAGCACGUGCAAAUUCCUUUCAAAUUCCAGCUAGACUUUUUGACAUUGUUUGUGGAGCCAUAUUCAGUUACUAUUAUAUUUAUGUUUAAAACUUGUGAGGGGAAAAAGGGACCUUUUUGUUGUUUUUAUGUACCGGUAUGUCUAUACGAGACAUUCAGUCACUGUCUUAACAGAGAAACAAUGUGAUAAGUAGAAAGAUUUGGUUAAAGCAUGCAGAACUCCUAGCAGGUCUGCUGGUACUAGGAUUGUCUGAACAAGUGACACUAUUUAUUUACAGUUCUUGUAAAUACAUUUAUUCAUGUGAAUUUAAUACAUUGAUCUCAUGUGCCUGCAUGCUGCUGUUCUGAUAGCUGCGGACUCCUUAAUUGUAUGCCAGAGGCCACGUUACAGCGGAUCAAUCAGUCGAUUAGUCACUCGCUGAGGUUAGAGGCAUAAUCAAUGGAACUGAGAUAAUGUUUUUCAGGGUGGGUGAAGUGUAUUUUUGUCAAAAGAGCAGUCUCACCCUUCUGUGAAUGUUACUGCAAUAUUAAAAGUGUUUGGUAUAAAAAACUGUCUGGUUCGGG